AGCAUCUCUCAGAACUCACAAUUUUUACACCAAAUCUUGCCUCGGUCCAUCCUCGGACGCUACAUGCCUACGUCAAUCAAGGCAGGUGCGCGGGCGUGUCGCAUGCACACCCCGGAGCCCAUGGAGAGCGCAGCAACAUGGGCAACUCGAGCAGCUCAAACAAGAUAUCAGCCCAGGACAAGGCGAUCCUGGACAUGAAGAACCAGCGCGACAAGCUGCGCCAGUACCAGAAACGCAUCACGGUGCUCACCGACCGCGAGAAGGAGAUUGCGAAAGAAUGCCUGGCGAAAGGCGACACGAACAAGGCGAAGUUGGCGUUGCGCCGCAAGAAGUACCAGGAGUCGCUGCUGUCAAAGACGGACGCGCAGUUGGCGCAACUGGAGGUGUUGACGAGCGACGUCGAGUUCGCGCUCGUGCAGAAGGAUGUCCUAUAUGGGUUGCAGCAGGGCACGGCGGUGCUGAAGGAGAUCCACCGAGAGAUGGGUGGGAUAGAGAAUGUGGAGAAGUUAUUGGGCGAGAACGAGGAGGCGAGGGCGUAUCAAGAGGAAAUCAGCGAGCUCCUUGCGAACAAGAUGACGAACCAAGACGAAGACGAAGUCGAAGACGAGCUCGAGGCACUCGAGGCAGAAGUCAACGGCGUUGCGCUGCCCGAUGCGCCCGUCAAGCAGCCUGAGUUCACACCGGCGGAGAAGGCGCAGAUCGCCAAAGACAGGGCACAGAGAAGGGCGAGGGAACGCGUUGCUGAACAGCAACAGCCUAUGUUGGCAUGACGUAGCAUCUGGAUGAGGACAUGCAUUGAGCGAGGCGUUGGGGAGUUAAUUUGCUUGUUUUGUAGACCAUGGCAUGAUAUAUCGUGUAGCUUUCGCAAUGAACAAUAUAGAAUUGGC